AUGCUUAUUAAGUGUUUAUUACUUGCUGUAUUGUUCGUGGUGAAUAUUGAUCAAAAAGUCAAUUCACAAACGACAUGUCAAACAGUACUCGAUUUAAUUAUUCUUCUUGACGGUUCUGGAAGUAUUGGAAGUGGUCCAUUUGCUCAAGCUAAAAGUGCAAUGGUUGAUUUAGUUAGCCGAUUAAAUGUAGGGCCACAGAAAGUACAUGUUAGUAUACUUCGUUACUCAUCAACUGUUGAAGAUUCAUAUGUAUUCAAUAAAGUUGGUAGUAAUCAAAUGAAAGACCAAAUAGUUCGAGUGAUUAAUAAUUUAAAAUAUAAUGGCGGUGGAACGGCAACUGGUGAAGCAAUACAACGUGCGCGAAGUGUAUGUGAUGCCGCAUGUCGAAAUCAAGAAGAAUUAGUACCACGUGCAGUUGUUCUAUUUACAGAUGGUCAAAGUAAUAAUGCUAAUUUAGUUAAAAUAGAAAGUGAAUUAUUACGAGAAAAAACCAAAGCUGUUGUAUUUGCUGUCGGAAUUGGUAGUGGUGUCAAUAAUGCUGAAUUGCAAUUAAGUGCCUCAACACCAUACAAUAAAUAUGUUUUACAUUUGAAAGAUUAUUUACAAUUAACACAAGUUAUUAAUCAAAUUACAUUAGUGGCAUGUAAUGCUCCUGCAUUCAAUGAACCCGGUGUAGUUUAUAAAAAUGAAGUAGAUAAAGAUACAUACCGAUUUUAUCGAACGGAAAUCAAAGGUCUACGAUCAGGUCUAGGUGGAUUUAUGGAAAUCGCUGUUAAUAUCACUCAAGGCAAUGUUCGAGUAUUUACAUCAACGACAGAAGCAAAUCCAACAAGUGAAAAUACUAGACAGGCCCUCGUUCGAUCACAUGAUGCUAAAAGUGCAACUGAUAUUUAUAUGGAAUACAUACCACCCAACACUUCAACAUUUUAUUCAAGUUUCCAAGGUAUCAGUAAUACAAACCAAUACACUUUUGUUACAAGAGUAGUGGAUAUUAACGGUGGUUUAAUUGGUUAA